AUGGAGAUCUUGGAUCCCUUCGCCCAAGAGCUGCUCGCUGGCCCUCCGCCCCCCACCUUCGACUUCUCCCCCGGCGUCGGCGACGCCGGCAUGAGCAUGGACAUCGCGCAGCUCGACGACUACCUCCGCGCCAUCGGCGUGCUCCCUCCUCUUCCGCCAGCUGCAGCUCACGUCGACGCCCACGUCCAGCCGCAGGCCGCGCCACUGCCGGCGCACUCAGCUGCUUCGUCCCACGACGACGGUUCCGCGGCCGCCCUGGACGCCUACGACAGCGACAUCGACGCCAGCCUCCGCGCCACGGAGACUGACGCCAGGGAGCGGCCCUCACCGGGCUACCUCGACCCCGCACGGGGCAGCGGCGGCCUGGACCCGGCGGCGGCGCGCGCCGCCCUGGUCGCGUGGAUGUCCAGCUUCGCCCUUUACUUCGGCGUCGGCCCCGCCGCUCUCCACCGCGCCGUCUCCUACGCCGACCGGUUCCUCUCGGCGGGAGCCGUCAUCACGAUCGGCGCCGCCGACGUCGAGUACCGGCUCCGCCUCCUGGGCGCGGCGGCCGUCUACGCCGCGGCGAAGCACGAGGACAGCGGCACCGCGCGGAGGGUGAACGCGCGGGACAUCGCCGCCCGCUGCGGGUUCGCGGCGUGGCAGGAGGUGGUGGCCGCGGAGCGCGCCCUGCUCGCGGCGCUCGGGUACCGGCUCGGCGGGCCCACGGCGCACACUUUCGUGGAGCACUUCACGAGGCACGCCGGCGUGGGGGAGGGAGGUCUGGAGCUGCGGCGCGCGGCGCACGCGAUCGCCGGCUCGUCGCUGAUCGACCACCGCUGCCUGAGGCUCCUGCCGUCGGCCGUCGCGGCGGCGGCGAUUCUGCUGGCGAGGAUGUCGCUGGAGCCGGCGCACGACCGGGAGCAGGUGCGGAGGUGGGGCAGGGAGCUCGAGGAGCUGACGGGGUACAAGCCCAUGGACGUGUACGAGGGCCUGCACUGCAUGUACGAGAUGAUGCCUGAAUAUCCAGGGUUCGUGAUCUCUCCACUGCUCUUCGCGGAUCCGAGCUAG